GAUAGCAAGGAGCUGGUCAGGAUCGCGCUGACUUCCACGAAGGAAGAGGGCGAGGAGGCCAGGUCCAGGACCCACUGGAAGCCGUGGCCCCUCGUUGCCCGCGACCUCGCCUUGGAGGGCUUCGUGGGUCGCCCAGCUCAGGUGGCUGAGUUCCGCCGUCGCUGCAUGUCCAAGCAGUUCGCGGUCAUGCCUGAUCCCAAGAACCGCGGCCAGUGGUUAAUCGGCGAGUACCAGGGCAUCGUAGCUGACCAGAUCACAGCGUCCAGGACAUGUGCGACAGCCACUCAGGAAGCGGACUCGACGAACCAGUCGAAUCUCGACGCGUUCAUGGCACAGAUGGCGCAGAGCAUGAAUGCGACCAGGUCGGGCGCCCAGUUGGCUAUCGCCGCCCUGCCGCAGGACGACUCUGCCAAUGGUAUCGCGCCGCCCGACGCCUUCAUGGAGGCCAUUCACGACUCCCCGAGCGCUGCGCCCAUGACCGCGGAGUCUGUCGGCAACUUCGGCGCCCAGUUCAACAGCUCCUUGCAGUCCCAGCAGGAGCGGAAGGAGGCCCAGAGGCGCUACGAGGCGAUGAUCCUUGCCGAGGACGUCGAGGCCAGGGCCCACUCGCAGGGCAGUUCGGGCGACAAGGUCACGAACAUCGUGCAGGCGCGCUUCGGGGCGGAGAAGGCGAUCGAGUCGCAGCUGUCCAAGAUGAAGGCUGCGCUGGAGUGCCAGGCUUCCGAGGCCCUCUCGGUCAAGGAGUUCAUCGAGUGCAGGGUUUCCAAGGAAGACUUGGAGAGCGAGACCUGGUCUGCGGUCUACCCGAAGCUCGUCCUGGUGAGGACUAAGUGCGACGAAGAGGUGGCGCGGAUCUCUGGCCGGCAUGCUGAGCUGCAGGCUAGCGUCAGGAGCGUUUCUUGGGAUGGUGACGUCAAGGCCCUUCGCGGCAGCUUGAAGGUUCUCUUCGACUCGCAGAAGGAGGUCCACAGCCACACCGUCGCAACCAAGAGGGUGAUCCAGGACGCGAAGGCGCACUUCUCUAGAAAGGCGGCCGACGCAUCCGCUGCGGGCAAGAAGCGCAAGGCAGAGAGCGAGGCGCCGCAGAUGGAGGUGGACCUUUCGAGCAACCUCGGCCCCGCGAUGCAGGUCCUCGCGGCUGAGGCGCGGGGCUCUCCAGUCGGCGUUCUUCGCGACCUCUCCGAGCUGGCCUUCGGCAAGGCGGUCGUGGUCAGCACCCCCUCGCUGUGCAAGGACGUGGCGGUGGCAUCGGGCUGGAAGGCCUGUGAGGCGUGGAUGCGCACCAAGAUUGAGAGCUGGGGCUCGGCGGGCGCUUCGCCUGCUUACGGCAACGUGGUCCAGCCGGCGGUGUUGGCUCAGAUCCGCCAGCUCAGCAAGCUCGAGAAGAAGGAUGUGGGGUACCUGUUCCGCUCCGCCUUCAUCGCCUCGGGGCCCAAGGAGCAGGCGCUCCGCAAGACGCUCUAUGGGGCCCAGUGCUUCAUCCUGCCGCGCUUGCACUCUGCGGUGGCGCCCCUCCCGUAUGGCUUGGCCGAGAUCGACACCGAGAAUCGCGGGCUCUCCAACCAGGUGGAGUACCUGAAAGGCUUGUCUGGCCAUGACAUGCUGACCCUGGGAAGGCAGGACGGUAACUUUUGCUUCGUCCUCUCGAGUGGCGACGUCGCCGUGUUGCCGACUGGGUACGUGUACGCGCAGUUUCGGACAUCCUUGACCAAGGGGAUCAGGUGGGGCACGUCGCCCCCCUGGCCUGAGGAGCUCGUCGUCGUGGAGAAGACCGUCUCCGCCGCGAUGGAGGCCUACCAGGGCAUCCGUGGGACCCUCUACGAGGAGUGGUGGAAGUGGUUGUCGCUCAACGCGCAGAGCGGCAUGGCGGCGUAG